CGCAUGGGGCCCGUAUCCCAGGCUGACCUGGAAUUCCUGGUUUCGAGCGAUGCUCCGGCACACAGUCAGGGCCACCCUACAGGAUUUUCUGUCUGACGCGCGACUUGAGCUGCGGUGCAAAGACCCCAGCGGCCUCCUCAGCAGCUAAGGAUAUUUCCUGUCAAAGCGGGAGUGCGCUGCAUGACCUUGUCUCUCGAAUUUCUUCCCCAAUUUUUCUUUACACUGUUACUUUGCAAAAGCCCUUUUUGGUGAAUAUCAACUUCUCGUAAGGCUUGUUCUAAGAGACCUGGACCUCUGCUGAAGUGGAAGCAAAAUUUUUAAAUCCCAUAGGAUCCUCUGAUUCCGGUUGUCCUCACAGGCCCAGAAAACCAGGUGAUGGCAGCAACCGGGCUUCUGCCCUUGCCAGCAGCACCCCAGGCAAAAGUGACGUUCGAGGAUGUGGCUAUUCUCCUCUCUCAGGAGGAAUGGGCCCGCCUGGGCCCUGCUCAGAGGGGCCUCUACCGAAAUGUGAUGAUGGAGACCUAUGGGAAUGUGGUCUCACUGGGACUUCCAGGAUCCAAGCCUGUUGUGAUUUCCCAGCUGGAACGAGGAGAAGACCCAUGGGUCCAGGAUGAACAGGGAACUGCAGAGAGCCAAAGCCUGGAAAGUGGCCACUCAGACAGUCUCAAAUGUGACUACUCUACAGCCUACAUGCAGCAAAACAGCUUGUCUGGUCCAUGGGAAUGUAAAACCAAAGAAGAGAACCAAAAUACAGGCUUACAGCCAUUAAGUUCAGAUAAAAUAACAGUGAUUCUAGGGGAAGCAUAUUUGAAAAGGACUGAUCAAGAACAUUGCAAAACAGAGCAGAGCUUCUACCUGGGUUCAAACCCUGUUGGCCCUCAUAAUGUUCAGGUCUUAAAUACCAGCAUACCACUCACUCCACACCAGAUGGCUCCUAGUGGAGAGAGACCCUAUAUGUGCAUUGAGUGUGGAAAGUGCUUUGGUCGGAGCUCUCAUCUCCUUCAGCAUCAGCGAAUCCAUACUGGUGAGAAACCCUAUGUGUGUAGUGUAUGUGGGAAGGCCUUCAGCCAGAGUUCUGUCCUUAGUAAGCAUAGGAGGAUCCAUACAGGUGAGAAGCCCUAUGAGUGUAAUGAAUGUGGGAAAGCCUUUAGAGUGAGCUCAGACCUUGCUCAGCAUCACAAGAUACACACAGGAGAGAAGCCUCACGAGUGUCUGGAAUGUGGGAAGGCAUUCACUCAGCUCUCACACCUCAUUCAGCACCAGCGGAUCCAUACAGGGGAGAGGCCAUAUGUGUGUGCCUUGUGUGGGAAAGCCUUCAACCAUAGCACUGUCCUGCGGAGCCACCAGAGAGUACACACUGGGGAGAAGCCUCACAGGUGCAGUGAGUGUGGGAAAACAUUCAGUGUGAAGAGAACCCUGCUGCAACACCAGCGAGUCCACACUGGGGAGAAGCCCUACACAUGCAGUGAGUGUGGCAAGGCCUUCAGUGACCGCUCUGUGCUCAUCCAGCACCACAAUGUGCACACUGGGGAAAAGCCAUAUGAAUGCAGUGAGUGUGGCAAGACCUUCAGCCACCGUUCCACCCUGAUGAACCAUGAGAGGAUUCACACUGAGGAGAAGCCCUAUGCAUGUUAUGAGUGUGGGAAAGCCUUUGUUCAGCACUCACAUCUGAUCCAGCACCAGAGAGUCCACACUGGAGAGAAACCCUAUGUGUGCAGUGAGUGUGGGCAUGCUUUUAGUGCACGCAGAUCUCUGAUCCAGCAUGAGAGAAUUCACACAGGUGAGAAACCCUUUCAGUGCACAGAGUGUGGCAAAGCUUUCAGCCUGAAAGCAACUCUUAUCGUGCAUUUGAGGACCCACACUGGUGAGAAACCCUAUGAGUGCAACAGCUGUGGCAAGGCAUUCAGUCAGUACUCAGUACUCAUCCAGCACCAGCGGAUCCAUACAGGAGAGAAACCCUAUGAAUGUGGAGAGUGUGGACGUGCCUUCAACCAGCAUGGGCAUCUGAUCCAGCACCAGAAGGUACACAAGAAACUGUGAUCCGUGGUCAUCAAAAGCCCACACUCAGAACUUUCACAAGGCACAGGCAGCCUUCCUCCCAGGAGGUUUUUCUGAUAACUCUACAGGACCUUUCUUUGGUAACUCAGUGUCAUGUCCUUAUUGUGGAAAAAAUAAUCAGAGAAUGUCUAUUUUAUUUUCCUUACCAUCUUGAAGUUAUGUUGGAGAGUAACCCUAAAACUGUAGUGAAUAUUGAUAUAGUAAUUCUCCCUUUGUUUGACAUGACAUGAAUUAGUUUAUUUGAUGCAAUUAAAAAGCUGAGGCACAAGUACUAUUGUCCCAAUAAAACUUACUACAUUUCAAAGUUCUUUUUCUUAGAUAACUUCAUGCCUUUUCUAAAUGAAAUUAAUCAUUCUAAUAUUGUACUUACAUUUAGAAUGUUGGACUAAAUAAAUGUAAAAUUCAACUCAAAAGUAGGUAAUUUAGGGGCUGGGAAUGUAGCUCAGUUGAUCAAGUGCUUAUGCUCUAAGCCAGGGGUUCUAUCCCUAGCACCACAUAAAUGACAAGUUUGAUACACACCUGUAAUACUUAUUCUGGAGGUGAAGGCAGGAGGAGUGGGAGCUCAAGGCUGUCCUUGACUUUAUAUUAAGUUCAAACCCAACUCUGGGCUACAGGAAACCUCGAGUCAAAAAUUAUAAAUAUUUAAACAGGUAUUUUUCUCAAAACUUGCUCUUGUGACCCGCAGCUCUCUCAGAUCCACGGGUCUUGAACAGGAAUAGGACAGGUGCUCCAUACCAAGUGAUACCUCUUCACACUUACAAAUGUCUCCAGGAAAACAUUACAGAAAUUCUUGGACUCAGCUCUUUUGUACUGUCUCUAGUAUUCUAUAUACUUGGGGAAUUUUUUUAGACAUAUUUUAAAAAUGUAUUCUGUGGAAAAGGGGUGGGUAUACACACAUUGUGCUACAGCAUGCAUACAGAAGUCAGAACAGCUUGCAGGAAUCUUCUCCCACCAUGUGGGUUCUGGGUAUCAAACUCAGGUCAUCAGGCUUAGUGGCAGGCACCUUUAUCUGGUGCGACAUCUCAACUACCUUCUUAAUUCUUUUAUUAUUAGUUUUACUCCUAGUUCAAGACUCUAAUAUACAUUGCCAUACUGUGAUGAAUCUGGUUUGUUCAUAAUUUUUAUAUUAUAUUCAAAAUUAUUUGUGUGGUUUUAAGUAUACAACUCUAGUAGCCAAACAGCAAAGCCAUUUUGUAGCAACCAGCCAUAAAUGAAACAAAUGUU